CUGGGAAAGCCAAAGCACCCUCCAGGUGGAAAGUCGCAGAGAGCAAAUGGGUUCUACGUCAAGUAUAAGUAGCGCAAUUAUCAACGAGCGUCUCCAGGACCUGGUGAAGCUCUUCAAAGAGCGAACAGAACGAGUCAAGGAAAGAUUAAUCGACCCUGAUUCAAGUUCAGAUGAUGAAACUCCAGGCGGAUCGCCAGUGAAGAAGACAGGGGUCCCACCCCCACUCCCAGAGGAACAAAAGGCACCAGAGGAGGAGGAAGAUAUCGAGGAACAUUACUAUGAGAUGUUGUGCUGCCAGUUCAAAUCCACACCGUGGCUCAGACGCAUCAUAAAGUGGAGGUUUCCAAAGAGCCUCGAUCCCUUCAGCAACAUGCUGUACGUGAUAUGGUUGUCCUGCGUGAUGUUUGCCUGGAAUUGGAACAUCUGGCUGAUCCCCGUGCGCUGCACCUUUCCUUAUCAAACACCCAACAAUGUGCAUCUGUGGCUGAUGAUGGAUUACUUCUGCGAUCUGAUCUACCUGCUCGAUAUGGCUGUGUUCCAAUCACGGCUCCAGUUCGUAGAAGGAGGAGACAUUAUAACAGACCAAAAGGCUAUGAGAGCAAAUUAUAUGAAAACAGAAAAAUUCAAGAUGGAUUUGGUGAGCCUCAUUCCUGUGGAAAUCCUCUACAUUAAAUUGGGUGUUUAUCCUGCAUUGCGGUUUGUGCGAUGCUUGAAGUACUUGACCUUCCUUGAAUUUAAUGACCGACUUGAAUCAAUUAUGAGCAAGGCUUAUAUCUACAGGGUAAUAAGAACCACAGCGUACUUACUCUACAGCCUCCAUAUAAAUGCUUGUUUGUACUAUUGGGCGUCUGACUAUGAGGGGAUUGGAGCUAACGAUUGGGUCUAUGAUGGUGAGGGAAACAGCUACAUUCGGUGCUAUUACUGGGCUGUGAAGACCCUGAUUACAAUCGGAGGAUUACCAGACCCCAAAACAGUGUUUGAACUUCUCUUUCAACUUAUCAACUACUUCAUUGGAGUCUUCAUCUUCUCGAUCAUGAUUGGUCAGAUGAGAGAUGUGGUGGGUUCGGCAACUGCGGGACACACAUAUUACCGGUCGUGCAUGGACAACACCAUAAAUUAUAUGGUCCUGAACAAAAUUCCCAAAUCAGUACAAAACCGGGUGAAAACAUGGUAUGAUUACACUUGGGUCUCACAAGGAAUGCUGGAUGAGACCGAAUUAUUGGUGCAGCUUCCUGAUAAGAUGAGGCUAGCGAUUGCUGUUGAUGUCAACUACUCCAUUGUCAGUAAAGUAGCUCUCUUUCAGGGCUGCGACAGACAGAUGAUUUAUGACAUGUUGAAACGCCUCAAAUCAGUGGUUUACCUGCCCGGAGAUUACGUGUGUAAGAAGGGAGAGAUUGGAAGGGAAAUGUACAUCAUCAAAGCUGGAGAGGUUCAGGUCGUGGGUGGACCUGAUGGGACGACGGUGUUUGUGACACUCCGCGCUGGCUCUGUGUUUGGUGAGAUCAGUCUGCUGUCGGUGGGAGGCGGUAAUCGACGCACAGCAAAUGUGGUGGCUCACGGCUUCGCCAAUCUCUUCAUUCUCGAUAAGAAGGAUUUGAACGAUAUCCUACUGCACUACCCGGAUUCCCAGAAACUGCUGCGCAGGAAAGCCAAAGCCCCGGGGAAAGGGCUAAAAUUCCUGGUGAUGUUCUGUCCUCAUCAGCACAGGAGUGGGAGCCCCACCUCGUCCUUUCAGGAGCUGUGGAAGCAGGAACGCUCAUUGGACAGUAAGUAUCAUGUGCUGCUGGAAGAAACUGGUGGAGUUACAUUGCUGAGAUAA